CGAAGCUUACUUUUUCCACUUAUUUUAUAAUUUGUGGGAUUAUAAACAAAUAAUAAUUACGACAUUUUAUAUAUGAAUUAUAAUGUGGCCAUGUGGGAUAUAAUACUUGACUAAAUCCCGAAAUAUUAGCUCAUUUUUCUUUACGAAAAUGACGUCACAGACGUAAACACGAACAGGGAAAAUGGCAAGAAAUUAGAAUUUCAGAAUUUUUCGAAAUACUUGUAUUUAAAGACACCUUUAGGACUAAUUUAAUCAUCAAAAUGGAUUUAGAUGAUGAUAUUCUGUAUGAAGAUGAUUCUGGAAACGAAAGUAGCGAAAAUGGGGACGAUCAGUUCAUGGAAAUGAACAUGGAACCAGAAUCUAGUUCAAGUCAAAAACGAGACGAAGUCGAUGACUUUCAGUUUGAAAUAUUGACUCCUGACAAAAUUGUUUCUCAUAUGGUGGACUGUAUAAAAGAAGUUAAUGCUGUUGUUGAGAUCCCUGCCACAACUACUAGAAUUCUACUCAACCACUUUAGAUGGGACAAAGAGAAGUUAAUGGAAAGAUAUUACGAUGGGGAUCAAGACAAGCUUUUCACGGAGGCACAUGUCAUUAGUCCACACAGAAGCAUUGUCUCUAAACCAAAGAAAACUACCCGUCAGACUGCUGCUGCAUCAUCUGCCGAAGUUACCUGUGAGAUUUGCUUCCUUUCUCUUCCAUCUAAAGGCUUAACUGGUCUAGAAUGUGGACAUAAAUUCUGUACAUUGUGUUGGACUGAGUACCUCACAACAAAAAUCAUGGAUGAGGGUAUGGGACAGACGAUUUCAUGUGCAGCGCACAAGUGUGAUAUCCUAGUUGAUGAUGCUACAGUAAUGAGUUUAAUUAGAGAUCCCCGUGUAAAGUUAAAGUAUCAACACCUUAUCACAAAUAGUUUCGUAGAAUGUAAUAGACUGAUGCGGUGGUGUCCUGCUCCAGAUUGUGGCAAUGCAGUAAAAGUUGCAUACUCUGACGCAAAACCUGCGCUGUGCUCUUGUGGUCACAGAUUCUGUUUUGCCUGUGGCGAGAACUGGCAUGAACCUGUCCGAUGCGUCUGGUUGAAAAAAUGGAUUAGAAAAUGUGAUGAUGAUAGUGAGACAUCCAAUUGGAUUGCUGCCAACACUAAAGAAUGUCCAAAAUGUCGCAUCACGAUAGAGAAAGAUGGAGGCUGCAAUCACAUGAUCUGUAAGAACCAAAACUGCAAGGCCGAUUUUUGUUGGGUGUGUCUUGGCCCCUGGGAACCUCAUGGAUCGUCAUGGUAUAACUGCAACAGGUUUGAUGAAGAUGAUGCCAAAAAAGCUAGAGAUAACCAAGAGCUUUCAAGGUCCAUGCUCCAACGUUAUUUAUUCUAUUGUAAUCGUUACAUGAAUCACAUGCAAAGUCUCAAGUUUGAGCACAAGCUGUACGCGUCUAUUAAAGUUAAGAUGGAAGAAAUGCAGCAGCAUAACAUGUCAUGGAUUGAGGUUCAGUUUUUACACAAAGCAGUAGACGUUUUAUGCCAGUGCCGCCAAACGCUCAUGUUCACCUACGUAUUUGCGUUCUAUUUAAAAAAGAACAAUCAAUCAAUUAUCUUUGAGGACAACCAGAAAGAUCUAGAAAAUUCUACUGAGACACUUAGCGAAUUUUUAGAACGAGAUAUAACUAGCGAACUACUUGUAGACAUCAAACAGAAAGUUCAAGAUAAAUACAGAUAUUGUGAAAGUCGGAGGAAGGUGCUACUUGAUCACGUAUAUGAGGGUUACGAUAAAGACUGGUGGGAGUAUAUAGACAUAUGAGCUCACAAUGCAGUAAUAACAAACAACAGGGGACAAUUAUACAAAACAACCAAUCAACCCAGGCAAUCAAUGUCAAAGACAACUUGGAAAAUUUUCAAUUUUUUUUUCUAAUGAAUUUAAAUGGAGGAACUUUUAAAUGCAUUAUUUAGAGUAUUUAUAAGAUGAAUUCAUCAGACGAUAUGGAUAAAAUUCCACUGUGCAGAAAUGUAACAAAAUAAAUGUUCCGAUUGACCUGAUUUUGAUACUAUUUAAAAAUCUCCAGGAUAUUAGACACAUCCUUCACCAUUCACAAUUAUACGGCAUUUUAUAUAAAACUUGAUAAACCCAAGUUUGACAGUGGAUAU